AUGAACCGUCAGCCGCCGUUCCUUGCCGCCAGCCAAUUCGCUGCCAGCCGUCUGACCUCAUUCAUUGUUGCCGGGCUCCGUCGAGACAUCGUCACCCGCCGCCCAGACAACGUCCGAUUUUGGUCGCAAGACUCCGUUCACUGCCGCAGCUAUUCGUCCCUCGUCGUCGUGUUGUCGAUGAAGGUCGUUCCCAUCCGUCAGCGAAUCUUGGUUUUCCCCAUCUGCCGUCGCUUUGCCGCCAAUAUGUUCCUCCCACGUGACUGUGCAGAGAUUCAGACUGGUGGCCUAUCCCAUCUCAGUGGAGUGUAUCCCAUCUAUCCCGAUAGAGCUGGAGAUGACCCUCUCUUCGUUUACUGUGACAUGGAAACGGACGGUGGCCGCUGGACGGUCUUCCAGCGUAGACAGGAUGGUUCUGUUGACUUCUUUCUUUUCUGGUCCAACUACAAACACGGUUUUGGAAACGUUUCCUCCGAGCACUGGCUAGGUAACGACAACAUCCACCGUCUUUCCCGUCAGAAGACCUACGAGCUCCGGAUCGAUCUCGAAGACUUCGAAGGACAUACGCGCUAUGCCACCUACAGCAAUUUCAGUAUUGCGGACGAGGUCGCAAAUUACACCCUGGCCCUUGGCAGCUACUCCCGAGACGCAGGUAUGUAG